AUGUUGGACCCAGUAAAAAUGAAGGAGUCCUGCAGGAUCUGCGCUCGAGAACUCUGUGGUAACCAGCGUAGGUGGAUCUUCCACCCGGCCGCCAAGGUGAACCUGCAGGUCCUGCUGUCCCACGCUCUGGGUCGUGAGCUGACCCGGGACGGGCGUGGGGAGUUCGCCUGCUCCAAGUGCACCUUCAUGCUGGACCGGAUGUACCGCUUUGACACGGUCAUCGCCCGGGUGGAGGCGCUGUCUCUGGAGCGCCUCCAUAAGCUGCUCCUGGAGAAGGACCGGCUCAGACAGUGUAUCGGAGGUCUGUACCGCAAGAACAACGCCGAGGAUUGGACGGCGGCUCCACCCGGCGCCGUCAUGGAGGUGAUCGUGACAGAGGCCGAGUCUGAAGACUCCCCUGUGGUGGAUCUGUCAGCCCUGCAGGAUGUGAGAUACUCAGACAUGAUCCAGGAUGACCUGACGUACUCGGUGUAUGAAUCCUGGGCGGAUAAGGAAGAACCGACCCUGGACCAGAACACCCACCAGCACCACCUCCUCCAGUGCCCAGGAGCGGACCCUCUUUCUGGGCAGAAGCCAAGGCGCUGCAAAGGCUGCGCAGCGCUCCGUGUGGCGGAUUCCGACUACGAGGCGGUCUGUAAGGUUCCUCGCAGGAUAGGGCGCCGGAGCACAUCCUGCGGCCCAUCUCAACGUUACUCCCCGACCACUCCAGCCAUGGAGGAUCCUGCAAGAACAUCAGAGUCCAUGUCGGUCGCCUUUGAGUCCCCUUCAGGCGACGCCGAUAAGACGCUGUGUGACAGGACCAGUCCCAGUCCGGCGUCCUCUGUGGAGUCACUGGAAACGGCGGUGGACAUGAGCUCUCCGUCUGCAAACCACAAAGAAAGAGAGGAACCAGAACCAGAACCAGAACCAGAGGAGGCUCCAGUGAGGAGGGGAGAGACCCCGUGGGACAAACCCCCGAGUGAGAGCGCCCUCUCUGGUCUGGAGGUGACACUGAGCCUCCUGAGGAGCUGCGAGUAUCGACCCGUCAAGACCCGGAGGGGCAGCAAGCUCCCGGUUCUGAUCAAAUCCAGCCUGACGCCGCACGCACCGAGGUCGCCCUGUGGGGGGGCGGGGGACUGCGACCUGUACACCCAUCAUCAGCAGGUACCGGAGGUCGUGACCCCGUGUCCUCAUCAGGAGCUGCAGGCGGAGCUGGCGGAGAUGGAGGAGCAGUGGAUGGACGAGUAUGUCCAGUGUGGGCCGUUUCGCUUCCAGCAGGUGAUGACCGCUGAUGACCUCUGAUGACCUCUCUGUUCAGGUGUAGAUUGACCUGAUGAGGGUCCCAGUGUCAGGAUACCUCCACCUUAGCUGCAUCAUUUUUUUGGCUGUUUUUUCCCACUUUCCAGGUGGAGGUGGUCUAUUACAGUCAUUACAGCCGACUAUUUCAGUCAAAUUAAUUCACCUUUCAGGGCUCGACAGUGCGACGUUUAACUCGCAUUUGCGACUAAAAAUGGAUGUUUGCAAGGCAACAAAUGUUUUUUCCUGUAAAUACGGCGGUGAAGUUAGUUUUAGGUUGGAUAUAUUUUCCUGUAAAUACGGCGGUGAAGUUAGUUUCAGGUUGGAUAUAUUUUCCUGUAAAUACGGCGGUGAAGUUAGUUUUAGGUUGGAUAUAUUUUCCUGUAAAUACGGCGGUGAAGUUAGUUUCAGGUUGGAUAUAUUUUCCUGUAAAUACGGCGGUGAAGUUAGUUUUAGGUUGGAUAUAUUUUCCUGUAAAUACGGCGGUGAAGUUAGUUUCAGGUUGGAUAUAUUUUCCUGUAAAUACGGCGGUGAAGUUAGUUUCAGGUUGGAUAUAUUUUCCUGUAAAUACGGCAGUGAAGUUAGUUUUAGGUUGGAUAUAUUUUCCUGUAAAUACGGCGGUGAAGUUAGUUUCAGGUUGGAUAUCUGACGGACAUUCUCUGAGGAUCUACCGGUGUCUUCUCACUCUCCAUAACCGGGAAUAACAACAGCAGCGCGGUUAAAUCUACUCGACACCCUCACUGUCAACGUCGGUGUUGAAUAAGGGACCGUCAAUAAAUUACCGGUUGAUGUUCUCAGAAAAGGCUGUUUUCCUUCAAUAGCUUCCAUGUCAUGUGACCAAAAGAUCUAAAAUUGACAAACAUUAUUUGAUUAAUUUUCAUUGUGCCCCUAAAGUUGGUUGUGCGGCCCUUACUUUUCAGCUUAGGAGAACAUGUGAACAAAGUUAGCGUCGAGCCCUGACUUCUAACUAUUUUAACUCUAAAGAAACUCCCUGAAAUCUGUCCUAAAAGUCAAAAGAGUAUCACAGUACAACUGAAGCUCUGAUUUAAAUUUACAGAGAAUUGGAUUCUAAAUGUUCUCCAGAGACUUUGGCGUUUCAGUCGAAUUAUCAUCUUUACAGAGGUUGACUUUAGCAGAUCUGAGAGGCGGAGGACUCAGACUUUCAUCCUGAACGUUAACGGAUCAGGUCUCGAUCUAAAGCCGACCGCCUCGUUAAUAAAGGAGGUCAGACUUCUUCUUCUUACUCAUCUCCUUCUCUGCUGAUGAAGCCGAACGCUCUCGGCGCCUUGAUCACCCUCUCAGGGGGGGGAUAGCAUAGAUUCUCUCCCUCCUCUGUAUCCUAGCAACACUUCCGUUUCCAUGGAGACAGUCUCCAGCUACUCGGUCCGGGUUAAGACUCGGCUCCGGCUUCAUCGCUCUCCUUUGUUAUGCUAAUGAAGAGAGUGAGAGUGUGUGUGUUAGGAGAGACAAGGCGGCUCUGUGACGGUCUACGAUCCGUGAGGCUGUUAGUCUGUUAAAGAGUGAUAAAACAGGCUGAGUGAGAGAGCUGUCAGAGCGGAGAGGGACGAGCAGUUUACACCAUCACACGCUGAGUUUAGGAGACACGUAUAUAUUCUCUUAAGCCACUGACGAUUACAAGGAAGAGAAACGUGUGAAAAAAGGUUCAUUCUACAUGGACUUUAAAUUUAAAAUUAACUAGAGAAACGGUGAUAACUUAGGUUUGUUUACGGAGACCAGAACGUGAAAAUAUCAGUGAAACAAAACAACAAAGUAAGGCUUAAAUAAUUAUAACAAGAUUAAACAGAAAACAGGUAUUCUUUCAAUCAAACAAAUAAUCAAAAACUCAGACAAAGAGAGAGGAAAAGGAACCAAAAAACAAUCCAAGAGUUCUUUAUGUCAGUCAAGUAAUCCUCCGUUUCUGUUUCAGUCUCAAUCUUUAGUCCAACCACUUAAGUUGAGUGAGUUCGUGGUUCAUCUCCAGUUUGCUCACCAUCGUUGUUCAGUCAUCAAAAAGGUAACAAAAAAAAAACUAAUCUAAGGGUCAUAGAAGAAAGAAAUAAGUCUGUGAACAACCAUACUAAACAAUAACACAGUACAUGAACUCCAAUGGAUGUUUAAAUAAUUAAAUAAUAUUGAUUCAAAUUAACCUAACAUGAAAAAAAAUCCAAAACAAACAUGAUAAAUUAACCUUACAUUGAGAAAGUGACAGAAACAACCACAAAAUCAGCCUUCACCAAAAGAACGAACCAAAAAUCAAACAGGAAAUAGCGUCUUGCGUACAGAAACACCAGGCCUUAAAUUGACGUUUUUCUUACAGGGGUUUGGUGUAUGUGCGGUCAACGCAGUUUGUGCAGAGCUACAUGACUAAAUUCUAAUAACAAUAAAUACUAACAAGAUAACUGAAGUUAAAUGAGCAAAAGUUUCAGCAAGUUUCUACAUUUUUUAGAGUGUAAAGAUCGUGUUUUACGGUUCCUUUAAGAGUCCGACUCUGCUGGUCUUAGAGGAAACGCUGACACGGGUUAAAUUUUCUAAUUAAAGAGGCAGAGCUGAGGUGGAGCUGAGGCAGCAACAUCCUUAAAUGUGCAAAUUUAUGACAAACUCUUCCCCUUAAAUCCACCUUAACAAAUGCAUUUCAAUGGUUGCUUUUGCUUUUGCUUUUGCAACCAGCCCCUAGUGGACUCUGGAGGAACCGCAGGCUUAUUCACUCCUACAUUGGCUCUAAUUUAUCUGCAGCUCAGUUUAAACAAGUGGGGGAUCAGAAAUACUGUUUUCCUAUUAAAAAUGACGACUUUAUUUUGGGAACAUCUUAAAAAACGAUCAUAAAUGAUACAGAGAUCAUCGUCAGGAGUGAAACUAAGAGGUUAAAACGUUCAAACAGAAAUGAGCUGAGCUGACAGAAAAAGAGAAAAACAAACAAACUGGUUUCGCUCGUCUCUUCUUCUACAUUUUUUUCCAGUUCACUCGUGUUUAUUAUCGCCUCGUGUUGUUGUGAUCCGCUGUGAGAGUCAGACACUAAUAGACUGAGUGUGACAUCAGGUCAUCGCACACAUCCUGAAAACAAAAACAAGGAAGUCAACAACACGCUGCCAUGACGACAGGCGCUUCCUCAGGAAGUCAUCGGAGGACAGUGAAGUGACUCUGGUCCUCCUCUCAGCUGCAGACAGACGGUUAACCGUCGCUCAGCGCUCGCUAAUCAGACCGCCGUUUACUUCCUGUGCUGACCUGUUUUUAUUCUCCGUCCUCCAGAGGCUGAUUGACGAGCAGCAGGGCCGACUCAGCCAGUAUGAGAGCGCCGCGGGUCAGUGUGUGGGCGAGCUGCAGAAGGCCCAGGACCAGGUCCGCUCGCUGCAGGCCAAGAUCAGAGAGAGCGAGACCAGGAACCAGGUACGCUAACACCUGUCUGCACGUCCACCUGUCUGUUCUGAUCCGAGUUCUGACCCGUCUCUGCGCUCGUGUGUCUUUAGAAGCUGCAGAGACGUCUCGGUGAGAUGGAGCUGGAGCUUCGAUCUGCUCAGGAGGAAGCUCAGAGACAGGAGAGGAACAUCCAGAACAUCACCGACACGGUCCACUCCAAAGACGCUCAGGUAGAGACGGAGAGAGAGAGACGAAAACUCUGCAAAGACAGAAAGUCAGAGCAAAGUGAGUGAAUGAGUGAAUGAAUGAAUGAAUGUUUGUGUUUUCAGGCCGCAGAGCUGUGUCACGUGAUCGAGGAGCAGAAUAAGAUGCUGUGUUCGCUCAAAGAGCUCGCCAACCACAGUCAGCUGCAGCAGCUGCAGGUCCGUCCUCCGAGUCGAACAAAUCAAGUCUUUUCACAUCGCAGAGACGCUAAAGACACCAGACACUACUCAGUCUGUCCUCCUCUGUCUGUCCUCCUCUGUCUGUCCUCCCGCAGGUCUCUGGAGCUGAGAGUCUCCGGGGUCAGGGUGAGGUCCUGGCUCUGCAGGCGUCCCUCUUCCAGGCUCAGCUGGAGCUGCAGGCCGGUCAGCGUGGUCAGCAACAGGCCGCCAGGACGCAGGAGGACCUGAACCGAGCCCUGCAGAGGCUGGAGAAGGACCUGCAGGGGGCGCUGCAGCACAGACGGGAGACGGAGAGACACAACCAGGUCAGAGAAGAAGAGUUAGAUGUAACCCUACCUGUGAAUUUGAAGCUCCAUCCAGAUUACUUUGUCUCUAAAACAGACGUGCAGAUAAAUGUUCGUAAAAUAAUCAUUUUUGAACUUUUUUUUUUACUUUUUUCGACUCAAAUCUCUUGAACAACUUACGCUCUGAUCAUUAAAAACAUAAUAAAUACAUAUUUGAUGUAUAAUAUGAAGGAAAAUAAGAACUCUCACUGAAUUAGAUUUUCUCGAUCUUUAAAACUGAGACUGUCGGCUCAGAAUAAAGAGGAAAAAACGACAAAUGUCCUCAAAACGGACCGAGGAGGAACCGAGGGUUAACGUUCAGAUUUUAAACAUGAAGAUCAUCCCUGUGAAGAUCAUCUCGACUUUGUUCGUCUUCAGGAGCUGCAGCUGGUUCUGGAGUGCGCUCGCUCGACCCUCCAGGAGAGAGAGGAGCAGCUGAGAGAGCGAGAGACGGACCGACGGAGGGAGGAGGAGGAGAGAGAGAGGACCAUCAGAGAGCUGAGGACGUCUGUGCAGAGCAAAGAGCGGCUGAUCCAGGUCCGACACACACACACAUGGACACACACACACACACACACACACCUGAACACACACACCUGAACACACCUGACCGUCUUCUGUUCCUCUCAGGACUGUGAGCUGCUGGAGGACCCGAAGGAGAAGAGAGACUCCGUCCUUCAGAAACUCCGUCAGCGAAUCAAAGAGAGAGACCGAGCGCUGGAGGUCAGAACGACAAACUCCACCUGUUCCUGUCUGUUUAUUGAUUUAUCGAUCGAUUGAUCAGAUCAGAACUUUGACUCGUUUUCUCCUCAGCGAGCCGUCGACGAGAAGUUCCGCUGCGUGGAGGAGAAGGAGGAGGAGCUUCGUCGACAUCAGCUGCUCCUCAGAGAGAAGGAGAGAGACCUGGAGAGGCAGCGCUGCGUCCUGACCAACAACGAGGAGACCAUCUCUGUAGGGACACACACACACUCUUCACACACACACACUUCACACACACUCUUCCUCCUCCUCUUCCUCCUCGUUCUCUGAGUGUGUUUGUGUGUGUGACAGAGCCUGGAGGUGCUGCUGCGCGGUAAGGCCCUGGAGCUGGAGCAGGUGAGCGACGCCUGGAGGAACGUUCAGCAUCAGCAGCAGGACGGCGAGGAGAGGACGAGCCGAGUCCUGAGAGAGAGGGACGCCAUCAUCGGUCAGCUGCAGGGGGCGCUGCACGCUCGAACGCAGGAGGCCCAGGUGAGUUUAGAGGAAACAGAGAGACCAGCUGAGAAGGUUCCAUUCUUCUUCUUCUUCUUCUUCAUGUCUCCUCCUCGUCUUCUUCUUUUUCUCUACUCCAGGAUCUGCGCUGCACCCUCCUCACUCGCAUCCAAUCAGCUCCCAGCGAGGUCCUGGAGGAGCUGAAGGUCCGCCUCCAGCUCAAGGACCGCCUCUUCCAGGAGGUCCUCGCCGACCGCACACGGCAGGCCCAGGAGCACCAGGAGCAGGUCCAGGAUCUGCUGCAGACCAUCAGCUCCAGGGACCAGUACAUCCAGGUACAGAGAGGUUCAGAGAACUGAUCCGGUCCACUUUAGAGUUCAGAACCUGAUGAGGGUCUCUCUGCAGGACUCUGCGACCCGCCUGGACGAGGUGAUGACGGAGCAGACCAGCAGGCUGCAGGAGCUCCGGAGACAGCUGAGCUCUGGUCCGGGAUCCAGGUCCGACUCUGGUCUGGACUCGGCCGUGGAGAUCCAGGCCCUGCAGGAGGAGCUGCGUCUGGCUCUGAGGAGGGAGAAGGAGAACCAGGAGCAGAACCGGGGUCAGACCAGCAGGGUGGAGUCCCUCAGCAGGACUCUGCACGUGAAGGAGGAGCUCAUCAGGGUCAGUGGGGGGUCAGAGGUCUCCACGGUGGUCUUCAUGUCCUGGUUUAGGUCUCGGACUCACCUGUCCUCUGUUUGUUUCAGGACCUGCAGAGACAGCUGGUGGACCCCUCGGCUCUCCCUCUGGUGGAGCGUCUGACUCAGGAGGUCCAGGAGCUGAGGGAGAACCUCUUCCAGCAGGAGGGUCCUCCGGCCCGCGGCCCCGUUCUGGGCCGGGACCGAGGCGGCGGCAGACAGCCCGAGUUUGGAGGUGGGCAUCAGAGGAGCAUGGGACAGUAUCUGUAACAGGAGGGGGCACGGCUGUGGGGGUCCGGGUGGAGGGUCCUGCUGUGGGGGUCUAAUGGUGAUCUGGUCUGGUCUGCUCUGGUCUGGUCUGGUCUGGUGUGGAUACUAACCCUGAACAAAAACCUGCAUGUUUGUAAAACACAGAAAAGUCACUUUUGAACUUUUGACCGUCAGUGUUUUUGAACGACGUUAUUAUUAUUAUUUUUUUUAAAUAAUAUUUAAUUAUUUUUAAAAAGUUUGAAAAUCAGAAAUUUCAACUUCAGAUCCUUGUUCCUUAACCUAAAAAAUUUUCUCUAAUUUUUCCUCAAAGUUGAAAAAGGUUUUGGUCAAAAAGUCAAAGAUGAAAUGAAAAAGUUUAGAUUCAUUCAGGACGAAUAUUUCUGACCCUCACAGAGACGGUCGGUGUUUCUCCUGACUGAAUCAGUCAAAGAUGACCCUCAAAAUUUCCCUAUUUUCCCUAUCCGACAAAAAUUUGCCACAAGAGUCUGAAAUGUUUGUUUUCAUCCUUUUGAAUUUUUAAAACGAGGAUUUUUUCAUCCUUUCUUUGAUAUUUUUUGCUUUUUUAUCACAUUUACUGCUCUGCUGAAUAACAGCACAUUAAAAAAAUCUUCGUUUUCGUCCUUUUGAAUUUUUAAAACGAGGAUUUUUUCAUACUUUUUUUCGUCACGUUAAACAACGUUGUCCUGACACGAUUGUAAACUUUUCUUUGACUCAAACGAGGUUUCCUCUGUUAAAAGUUUGUGUAAAUGUAUUUUCUCAUAUUAACACCUGGUUUUAUUAUAUGCAGUAAUAAUGUCUGACUUCAUGGAUGAUGUGUGCCUUUAUGCAUGUUCAGAAAAUCUCCUCCCAGUUUAAAAAAAUGUUUUUAAUUUGAUUUUUCAGAUUCAGAAAGUUUGUUUCUGUGAUUUUAUGAAACUGUGAAAUUUAACAGCCGUCUCUGUCGUUUCAUUUGGAGGAAUUUAACGAUAAAAACUGGAGUGCAGAGAGUCUGAGUCUGACAGAUGUUUAAAAAAAUAACCGUAAAUGUCAAUAAAUGAACCUGCUUCAUGCAUGUUUGAUUUUUACAGAUUUCUACAUUUGCUCUCCUGUUCGACUUGUUUCUGUUCCUCCUCUUUGCACAUGAUGUCUUUAAAACACAGUUACAGAAGCACCAAAACCACACUGUCUCUUCACGAUGUUCAACAAAUAAAUAUCAUAUAUUUAUACUAACGUCCCAAAAGUCUCGGAUCACAAUCAGCUGAAUGUUUGGCUGUUAAAUGUCAAAUUUAAAUCAGUGAAAGUGUAAAACCUCGACAAACACGCCCCCUGCUGGUUAAUAUCCCCUCCUAAAAAGAGAGACUCACAGCUGAGCAGGGAGUCCUUUAGUCCGGGUCUAAAACCGGAUCAGGAUUGAACUCAUUUUCAGAUUUUUAACUCUGAUCAAAGCAGCAACAUUUCCCGUACUUAUAAUUAAAAUUUGAUUCACUUCCUAAAAUAAUAUUUAUUCAUCCAACUCCUGAUGUUUGAAACACAAACAGUCCUCCUUACUGUUGAAAAUCCCAGAUAACACGUUUCUAAAAACACAUAAAAAUCUAAAAAACAAAGACGAUCUCUUAAAAACUCUUAUUUUCUGAAUUUAAAGAACAAAAUUAGUUUUUUAAUCCCUCCAUCUCCCUGAAAUCUUCCCAAAAACAUCCAAGAUAUUAAAGAGGUGACAAUAAAUCUGCAGAACUGUGGGAACAAAUGAGACAGAAAAACAGCGACACACUUUUGUCUCAGCUGUGAAUGAAUCUCACUUUACUCAUUAUCUAUUAGCAUUUUUAGGGGCAUCAAAUCUGGAUUAAAUCCCAAAAUGUGACUCAAGCAGACCUGACUGACUCUGAUUCAGAGACCCGAACUUCAGGUUUAAGUUUUACCUCAAUAAAGAGCAGCUGAUAAACCCGAACAAUCGUCCUAAAGUAAAAAAAUAAGUUAUUUUUUAUUCCAUUUAAAGUGAAAACUGAACGAUCUGAACUCAACUGAACUCCAGGAACACAAACUCAGUUUCACAAAGUCACAGAUUUGCUGCAGAGAUGAUUAUAAAGGAGGAGGAGGAGGAGGAGCAGGAGGAGGAGGAGGAGGAGGAGGAGGAGCAGGUUUGAUUUGAUGUUUUGUGUCUUUGUGCAGAAAUGAGUUCAGAGGAUGAAGAUGAAGAGGAUUUCAACAGCGAAUACACCGAGAGCGUGGAUGAAGACGAGUCCAAACUGAGGCUCCAAACGAAGGUCUGAGUGAUCAUUUCUUCGAUUUUCUCUCAGACUGAUUUUAAAACACACUUGAUGGUUUUUCUGACUCACAGUUUCUCUCUGUUUGUGCGUCUGAUCAGGUCUGUGGAUCUGCAGGAAAGUCCUCCUCCUCUGACCUUCUGUUCGAGGGUCAGGGUCUGCUGGAGGUCAAACAUCUGGUGGAGCAGAAGCGGGUGGUGGAGAGAGAGCUGGGUGAGCUGAAGGCUCAGCUGGAGAAGGCCGGCUUCUCCUCGCUCUCUCAGAUGAGGUACGAGGAUCAGAGAAAGGUCUUCAGCUGAGAUGUUUCCUCUGAAUGAUCUCUGGUGACCUCUGUCUUUGUCUGAUCUAAAGGAAAGCUCUCUUCAGUCUUCAAACCGAGAACCAAGAUCUGAAACAUCACCUGCAGCCGGGCGGCGAGCAGAGAGGAGAGGAGGAGGAGGAGGAGGAAGAGGAGGAGCUGGAUGUGACCAUCGAAGGCGUGGAGGAGGAUGAAGAAGAGGAGGAGAGCUCUGGGAUGUGGGACGCCUGGGACACCGAACUAUCUCUGUCUCAACAUGAUCAGAGAGUCCAGACCAGACCGGAGUCUCUGCAGCUGAUCCACAACAAGAACUCCACCUCCUCACAGGUAAGGAGGUCCAGAUCCCUGACCCUGCAGGGUCCAGAACCUGAAACCUUAAAGAUGGUCUCAAACUUCUUCUCCUGAUGUUUCUGAUGCAGGACGAAGCGGACGGCGAGCGCUCGGCCGCUCAGUCCUCCGCCAAGUGUGAGAAGACGGUCCGUCUGCAGCAGAAGAGCAAAGAGCUGAGAGAGAGGCUGAUGGUGUCUGAGGCCACGGUGCAGGCUCAGGCCGAGCAGCUCAAGGACUACAGGGAGCUGCUGAGUGAGCGCAUGAAUCCACCUCUGAGUUAAUGUGUUAAAGGGAUAUUCCACCGUUAAAUUAAGUCAGGGUCAAACACACCGUAACACCGAGUUAGACACCACCUCCAGAGAUGAAUGUUUUCCAGUUCUUUGUUGGAAGGACAACUGGAGUGGCUAUAGAGUGGAGUUUUGGUUGGGGGCGUGGCUCUCUGUAUUUCUAUCCUGCGGUCGUUACUACAGUUGGUAUAACUAGAGAAGGAAGUGGUCGACAACAUUCAUCUCUGGAGGGGGGGGUCUAACUUGGUGUUACAGCAUGUUUGACUCUAAAUUAAUUUUACGUCAAAAUAUCCCUUUAAAUAUUUGAUAAAAGUACAAGAUUAGAGAUGAAUAAUUCAAACUAAAGUUGAAGUUUCUUUCUCCUCUCUUCUGUGUCUCUGCAGCGGAGACAGCCGUGCAGCAGGACAGUAAACAGAUCCAGGUGGACCUGCAGGAUCUGGGCUAUGAGACGUGCGGCCGCAGUGAGAACGAAGCUGAGAGGGAAGACACGAGCAGUCCAGGUACGUCAGUCUGUCUGCAGAAACACCUGAGCGUGUUUUUAAAAGGACAUGAGCCAAAAAAUAAAAAAAAUUUAAGGACACUUUUUCAGACUCAGAUCUGAUCUGAAUAUCACAAAGUUACAAUGAUCGGUUAUUCUAAAUAUAAAGUAUUUCACCUGAAAGGAUAAACUUCUGUAGUUGUAAUUCCAUCUUUAAACACUAGAGGGAAGCAGAGAACAGUAUUAGCACAAUAACCUGGUCCAGUUUUUCUCAUGUUUUCAGCCUAAAAAUAAACAAACAGAAGCUCUGGAGAAAAAAAAUCUUUUUUUUUUCAUUUAUUCUGUUUUUUUCCGUCUGUUUUCAUCUCUUCUUUUUUUUAACUCUAUGAAGUUAUUUAGAAAUCAUCUGCUUUUAUUUCAAAUAUCAAACUGCAAAGAAAAUCUUGUUGCUGCAGAUUUAAAUCUUAAAAACAGAUUAAAUCAAAUUUCUGUUUAAUCUAAUCUAAUCCGUGUGUUUCCCAUCAGAGUUCGAUGACCUGGAGAUGUGCACGUCUCUGGACUGCGGCUCUCAAUGGUGGCCGACCACCUCCACCUCCACCACCUCCAGCAGCAGCUCCACCUUCACUAAAACCACCACCCAGAUCUCCACCUAUGGAGAGGACACCUCGUCUCUGCAGCGCCUGGUGGAGGACCUCCGCUCGCAGCUGUCCCGCUCCCAGGCUGUGAUCCGCGGGCUCCAGAACCGGCUCCGCUCCCUCCCCACGUCCAGCGACUGCGGACCCUCCACCCCCAGGAAGGUGAACUGGUCCUUCCAGGCCUCGCCCUCCCAGAGCGGGGCGGAGGAAGACGAGGGCUGGCAGUCGUCUGACGGAGGUCCUUUAGCCUCUCCACGUCACCCACAUCACCCUGACAAAGGCCUGCAGGAGCUGGUGUCCCGCGUGGACGCUCUGGAGGACCAGCUGAGGAAGGGAGGGAAGAAGACCGCUAGCGAGGACGCCAAGUCUGCGACCUGGCCGGGGUGAGUAAGAGAGAGAGAGCGAGGAGACGAAAACGAUAUUUUGUUUUAGUCUGAGAGGAAACAGAAAAAAGUCUAAUCUUUACUUCUGAUAAAAAUAGAAAUAUAACAGGACAGCUGGAGGAUGUUUGAUUACCCAAAAUAUCAAAACUAAUGACCAACUACAAAAUAGAGUCAGAAAACAAAGAAGAAAAAGGGUUUAAGGUCUGUUACCUGGACAGGUGCAGUUUUAAAAUGUUUACUUUUAUUAAAGCUAGAUUUUAUUUUUUAAUUUAUGACUUAAAAUAAAGAUUUAAAUGUGUUUAAGUUAAAAAAAAGACUAAAAUAAGUAACUUUAUGAGUAAAUAAAUGUAGUUUUUUCAGAUUGAAAUGUUCUCCUAGGAGAUAUUUUAUUAUCCAAAAUAUUAAAAAAACAAAGAAGAAAAAGGAUUUGAGGUCUGUUACUUGUACAGGUUCAAUUUUAAAGAGUCAUUUUUUACUUCCUGAUAUGAAAUAAAGACUUAAAUAUGUUUAAGUUUAAAAAAAGACUAAAAUAAGUAACUUUAUGAGUAAAUAAAUGUCGAUUUUUACAGGUUGAAAUGUUCCUCCUGGAGAUGUUUCACAGUAAAAGUGUCCAAAAACUCUCCCUGAUAGAACCACGUUCAUAAUUUUAGAUUUCUGUUCGGUUAGAGGAAGUGUUUUCAGUUCUGAUGAAGUCUACAGGAGCCUCUGACUGAUCCAUGUUGUGGUGUUCAGUGAUUUGUUCCUCUGAGGAGCAGCUGUAAAUCUCCGUCAGUCUCCAUCAUCAGGAUCUCUUCACGUCGAUGAAGUGAAGCAAAGAUCAUUUUCUAUAACUUUUCUGUAAAUUUUCCUCAAAGUUGAAAAAGAUUUUAGACCGAGAGUCAAAGAUGAAAUAAAAAAGUUUAGGUUCAUUCAGAGACCGGUCGGUGUUUCUCCUGUCUGAAUCAGUUAAAGAUGACCCUCCAGGUUUCCCCUCGUUUUUUUAAUAUUUCCUAAGAGCCUUUUUUUUUAAUGUGAAACUACUUUAAAGAAUUUGGCCGAGCUUCAGUUUCUUUUCCAAACUCAGUUCUUUGUUUUUGUCUGACAAAUAUUUGCCACAAAAGGCUAAAAUCUUUGUUUUUAUCCUUCUAAACUCAACUGGUGUUUAGUGUUUUGUUCCUCUGAGGAUCAGCUGUAAAUCUCCGUCACUCUCCAUCAUCAGGAUCUCUUCAUGUUGAUGAAGUGAAGCACAGAUGUUUUCCUGAAAGUCAGACGGAUUAUCAGACAUGAGAACAAACUGUUCAGUCGGGCUUCAGGACUGUUCUUACAGGCUGGUCCAAGUCCUGAACAUGACUGACAAAUACACAAGAUUUAGAAAGAAAUAAUGAGAAGUGUCACUUUAACUUCUUUGUAUAGUUUUGCUGAUUUAUUUCAUCAUUUUCCGUCAUUUGAGUUAGAAGAAGAAUUCAGGUUUUAAAAAGAAGAGGCCCCAGGAUGGCGCCCUGGGGUACUCCAUAAGUCAUUUUUGAUUCCUAAGUGAACGGCUAUAAACCAGCUGAGUUUGUUGAUUAAGGGAAGUGAGUUAAAUAUAAAAUAUUAAAUUAGGACUCAUGAAAAUACUAUCUUUUUUCAUACUAAGAGAUUUCAUGUCUGUGUUUUAUUCCUCUGAUCUCCAGCGUUCGUAAACCUAACGUCCGUUUUUCUGUUUCUCUCUCUGUAGUAAAUUCGACACCCUGAUCCAGGCUCAGGCUAGAGAGCUGUCUCACCUCCGCCAGCGCCUCAGAGAAGGUCGCGGCGUGUGCAACAUCCUCACCCAGCACCUCGGCGACACCACCAAGGCCUUCGAGGAGCUGCUGAGAGCCAACGACAUCGACUACUACAUGGGCCAGAGCUUCAGGGAGCAGCUGGCUCACAGCGGGGCGCUCGCACAGAGGGUCAGCGCCAAGAUCAGCGGACGUGAGUGAUCGAUCGGUUUAUGAAUCAUAAUUCAGAGGAGAUACGGAGGCUGAGGAGGGACAAAUCUGAUCAUUAGGGGUCUGAUUGGUUUAAAGUGUCAUUAUCUUACAACAGGAGAUCACGCUGAAGAUCCAGACGAGAAGACAGAGCUGCUCGCCAUCCGGUCAGUGCUCCUUUAUAAUAACUCAAUGUGUGUGUGUGUGUGUGUGUGUGUGUGUGUGUGUGUGUGUGUGUGUGUGUGUGUGUGUGUGUGUGUGUGUGUGUGUGUGUGUGUGUCACCCUGUCACUGUGCCGGAUGUCAGUCAGUGGAAAGUAUUGGUGUGUGACGCUCGGCUGAUGUUUGGUCCUCAGGGCUGAACGGACAGAUGAUCAGUGAUGACCUCACUGGAUGUUUAUAAUUAAGGUCGGAGAUGAUUGGUUAAUGAACGAAGGAGGAAAUGAGAGGCGGAGAUAACCUAGAUAUCUCUGUGGAAGGAUCUCCUGAUGGAGUCUUUGAGAUAUUAAUAUAGAAGAGAUUUUAACUUGAUAACAGCAGACCUCCUUCGAUUAGAUCAGCGUUUACGUCGUCUUCUUCAGACUGAUCCGUUAUAACCUCGAGUUUUCUGUGUUUUUUGCAGAGAAAUCACAAAACUCCAACUUUAACAUCUCUUUUUUUUAAACUGAUCUCCUCAUUUAUUCACAAAUGACUGAAAUUGUUAACGACACACUAACCCCCAAUUUUCACCACAUGCGAAACGGCUCCAACUUUCAACAUCGUAGAUUGUGUCCUUCCAGAGGAGGAAAUCUACUUCUAGACUUCUAGAAUCAGCAUCUCCUCAUCCAUGGUGUCAUCGGGGUGAAAUGACGUCUAAAAACCUUUCACUUGUUCGUCUCCGCCCGUUUGCAUGGUGUGAAAUACGAUCCACCUGAAACACGGAGUGUUUUAUUUUGAAAAGAAGCCGGAUGUUUUAUUUUGUGUCUGUGCCCGACUUCCUUUCCAGCACGGGUUCAUCUGUGCUGAAUUUAUCCGCCAUGCUCCGGCAUCCAGAAAAAAUAGAACUCUUAUCUUAUAUAUACUCUUUUUUUAUAUAUAUACAUAUAUAUAUAUAUAUAUAUAAGUGGGCCUAAAAUUGAACCUUGUGGAACUCCUUUUUGUGGAACUCCGUUUUGUACAUAUAAAAAAAGAAAAGUAUCCUCCCCGUUUAUUUGGGGACCUGUGUAUAAGACACCUCCUACUUAUGCUGAUUAGACUGUCGGCCUAGAACGCCCAGAACACAAAUAUGUUUAAAUACGGUUUAAACUUUUUCAUGUUUGUUUUUUAAUUUGAACCGUUCCUGUCUUUCUCUCCUCUGAGGAAUCGUAGAAACCUCCUCCUCCUCCUCCUCCUCCUCCUGUUUUUGUCUCAGCGCUCCUCAUGCCCUCAUGUCUCAUUAGCUCAGCGUCUUUACCGUCAGCUCUCAUUUCCUGCUCGCCAUCGUCUCUCUCAGCCCCUCAGCUGCUCGUUAAGUCAGAGAAGCUGCUCUGACAUCAGCGCAUUACAAAACCUCACAGAGCUCUGACGUCACACGCAGCAGCGCGGGGCUGAGCCGUGAUUGGCUGACUUCGACCCACCCUCCACCACCACCAACACCACCACCCAUUCAUUCAUCCCAACACACACCACCACCACUGCUGCUGCUGCUGCUGCAGAGUCAGGGCCAGCACAGCCGAUGUCCGGGUGGAGACCUCAGCCGCUCAGUCGAUCGGUUAGAUAAUUAGGAAGGAGUAGAAGGAAAGGAAAGAAGGGAAGGAAGUGAAAUGAGGAUUUUUUCAUUUAAGUCAGAAAACUUAACUCAGCCAGUGUGAUGGUUUUAUUAAUUAAAGGACUAGUCUGUAUAAAUCUGAAUAUUUAAUGAUGUUUAGCGGUCUCUCUUUCCUCCUGUUGGAUCAGCUACGGCGGCCUGCAAGGACACAUCUGAUCCUCUGCAGGGUCACUGUUGGCGUGUAAUCUCACGUCCCAUAUAUGAAGGUUAUGAUCCUCCUGCAGACAGCCUCGGUCCACGUCCUCUCUCUCUCUCUCUCUCUCUCUCUCUCUCUCUCCUGGUGUCCUCCUCGCUCCUCUGUCCUGGAGCUCCUAAAGUCGUGUCUCUAACAUCUUCAGUACAGGAUGUCCAGGACCGAACCUGCGUAAAAAAACAUCUUAUUAAGCGUCCCCAGGUGCUCCAUGAUUUAUAAAUGAUCGGUGAUGAUGAAUAUUUCAGUUUUUCAGUCCGGUCCCUCUCAGGCCGUAUGUGAACGCAGCUCUCAGCUCCAUGGUGGAUGAGCGAUGGAUGUCCUGGAUGUUCAGUCACGUGUAACUCGACCGAACCUCAAUUCUGUUUCAUAACACAGCUGACUGAUUUUCAUACCUGAGAGAGAGAGAGAGAGAGAGAGAGGAAGAGUCACACCAGCUGGAGGAAACUGGAGUUUUCACGCUCGUCUUUCACUUUAUUAAAUCAUCCGUGGUUUUUAAUUUCUGAGACAGACACGCUGAUAAAGUCCUCCUGGCUGUUGUCGGGCAAAAUUUUGGGUCACACUCCAGUAAACAAAUGAUGCUCAGUGAUUAAUUAGAGUGUCCCCUCAGAGGGAUGGAGAGAGAGAGAGAGCGAGAGAGAGAGAGAGCGAGGGUCUGCAGUAAUCUACCGACAUGGGUCUGCAGCACAGAUGGUUCACCAGAUGUGAGGGAGAAUUAUCUACUCUGUGUUUUUUUUUUCUGUGACAGACAUCUCAUCUAAAGUGUCCCUCUGAUUCUGAGGGGACAAACGUGUGUGUGUGUGUGUGUGCGUGUGUGUGUGUGUGUGCGUGUGUGUGUGUGUGUACAUUAACCUAUGCUUUGACUUAUUUCACACAGAAACUCUUCGACAUAUGUCAGUUUAAACAAACAGAUGUAGAGACGAUUGUGUGUCCGACCUCCGUGUUUACGUUGUGAUGAUUUGGUUUAAUCUAAAGUAAAUUCAGAUUAUUGUUUUAUUAUUAUCAUUAUUAUUGAAGCUCAGCAGAUGUAAACUGUGAGAAGUGGAGGUGGAGCUGCUGUCAUGGUGGGAAAGUUUGAGCGUUGCGUCCCAAAUACCGCCGUAUCCUCUCAGCAGAAACAAAAGCUGCAUUAAUUGUUCUGAGGCUCAUUUGCAUAAAAAGAGGUCAAUUUCAUUCAUAUAGGUGCAAACACACACACACACACACACACACACACACACACACUGAUUGUUAUUUUACUGCACUUUAAUCUAAAAUCUUCUCUCCGUGGAUAAAUUCGCUCUAAACACGCUGAUACUCAGUCACGCUGUGAGGCUUCUGCCGCUGCGUCGGCCUGGCGCAUGUUAACAUGGCGUCUAAUCAGGUUAAGUUAUUAAAACCUCCAGCGGGGAGGGAAAUAGGUCAGGAGCAGCUAAACGCAGAGGGAGGGAGAGAAAGAGAGAGAGAGAGAGGGGGAGAGAGGGAGGGAGUUAGAGCGAGAGGAAACGUGAGGGGAAGCCGCAGAGGGACAGAGAGAGCAUCACUCCGCUUCAGUGUUUCAGGAGCAGCACAUGGUGAUCUACACUCAGCUCUGAGAUCUGAUCCGAACAUCACAGACCUGGAUGUUUUUAGACUGAUGCACGGAGCUGAUCUUACAGGAUUUUAUCAGAGUUUUUGUUGGAUUACCUGUAAAGUUUCAUCUUUGGGUGAAUCCACAUUUUUACAUCUUAAGAGGAGACUUUUCUUUUGACGCUCCUGCAGAGAGAUUCACUCUGAUAUAAAACACGACGUUAAAGAGGAGGAUCCGCUCGUUCUUUCAGCGUCUGCUCCUCUGUUGUUUUUUCUCUGCGGUGGUCAGUGCAGCGUGAACGCAGAAGCCCUCCGGACCCGGACAUCCGUUUAAGCGCAGACUCCUCCUCCUCUCCUCUCCUCCUCUCUUCGUGCUGCUCUGUCGUCACUCCAUCUCUCCCUCUGGGCUCCUCUGCUGCUGAUGCUGAUGCUGGUGGGAUAGGGUUUUGUCCAAAAGACGCUUUUCCUUUGAGGGGAACUUUUUAAGACGUCAAUACAGAGAGGACUUCUUUCUUUUUUGGACCUACAAAGAGAAAGUGAACAUUUGGCUGCAGGGAGAAGAGGGAGACCCAGAGUUCAGCUGCAGUUUUCCUUUUUUUAGCUUUUAAAAUCUUAUUUCAUCUGAAGCUGCUGGAGGAUCCUGAACUCGUGUUUUUAUCCGAGCUUCACUCAGGAUACAGUUUUCUCGCUCCUGUCCUCUCAACAUCACUCUGAUCUAAACGUUUGGACGACAAACACUCAAAUCUUUCAACUUUGCAUCAACAGUCGCUGUGCUCUUAUCCUGCAGCUUCAGUCGCCUGAGCGUCUGGAUUUCUUCUCGUGAUCUGAAUCACACUCCCAGGAUGUGCGUCCAGGUGUGUGCGUGUGCGUAAAGGGUGUCACUAAAAUCCAUCCUCCUGGGAACCCGAGCCUAAUCUGAGGAUUUACUCUGCUUUUCACCUGCUCUGAUACACAUCCAGUCAUCCCUCCAUCCUUUUAUCCCCCGCACACGCGGUACCUGCUGUCACACGCAGCCUCGGGGUCACGACCUUGGCGGCGAAGCCAAUGAGCCACGUUUGGUUACCUCCGGUGACACGGCGUGGAGGAAAAGCUGCAGCGGCGGAGAAAGUUCCAGUAGAAGUCUGAGAGAGAGGAGGAAACAGGGGGAGGAUGGUGGGUCAGUAGCCCAGGCAGAGGGCCGUCAGCGGGGGAAGGGGGUCAGAUGGCUCCCCUGUGGAAGGCCAUGCUGUCCAAAAGCAGUCCGCUGUACCGAGACUCGCUGUUCUCCUUCUCUCUGUGGGAGUGGAAAGCUCAGGAGAGGGAACUGCUGCUCCUCAAGAAACUGACCGACAGGGAGAGGAGAGCGCUGCUAACACAACUGGACAAGUAAGACGGACAGACGCACAACUAAACAAACAGACAAGAGGAAACUUUGGACGAAACAGGUUUAUGUGUGGAGGUUUCAAAAUGCUGAAAGGAAAGAAAAAAAUCAGUUUUCAACGUUUACAGUCUAAGUGUGACGCUAAGAAACCAGAAUUUAAAUCUGUCGAAGCGUCGUCGACUUAUCUCAAAUACGUCUUUUUUUACUUAAUAUGAGCCAAAGUCAGCUGGUCAGUCUGGAUCAAUGAGACUUAAACUGCUUUUAAUAAAUGUAAAAAAAUCAGUUUAUGGGAUAAGAAAAACAUAAAGGUGAACUUUGUUUAAUUUAAACCCGAUUACUAAUUCUUACAUCAAGAAACUUCACAAGUACAUUUUUUAUUAAUCUCGUAACGAUCCAUUCAGGUCUUAGUUUGGUCAGUAAUAUCUCUGAACAGGUUGAUUAUUAUGAUAUUUCUUAUUUAAAGUCUGCUCAGACAUUAUUAAACUCACUUUGUUUUUUGUUUUCAGUCGUGUAAAUUUCCUCCCUACUGUAGCUCAGCAGCUUUCUGAUCGUACUCUCGUUAACUGUUAUUCACAGCAGGUGGAGGCAGUAUUAAAUCCAUACAAAUAUAUAUUAAUGUUAAUAAAACCGAUUUGUUUUAGUUUGACCUGACUCCUGCUCACAAGUCUAGUAUUUGGAUCGGACCUGAACCUCUCUGGGAAACCCACCUGGGUCCAGCCAAGUGUUUUGAAGGAGUCAAGACCAGGCUUUAAGAAGGACCCACCUGGAACCCCCUCACACCCGUGUUUGCUGUCUUAAUGGUUGUGUCCAGUAUCGCUCACGUGAUCUUUAUUCUGGGUUGAUUAUAGCUUCAUUAUAUGUUGAUUAAAACAAGUGUGAGGGUUUUUUUUAACUGGUCAUGAAACAGUCUAAAUUAACUGUGACCCAAACAAGCAAAAAGACAAUUUUUUAUACCUUAAACAGCUGAUGUUGGUUUUAGACUUGAGAGACGUUUGUGAGAAAAGACUCUCUGUGAGGGUCCAGGUCUGGACCAGACUGAUCCGGGUCGAGUCCUGUCCUCUUACCCAGUGUUAGCCGGUUUAACGAUAUUCCUAUUUAAACCGGGUCGCUCAUGUUCUUUGUGUGUUUGGGUCUCAACGCCAACACACUUAAAACUGUCAUCUGGGCAGAUUCAGCUCAGGCGUUCUCACUGUCCUACAAAUGCAGUUCCUCAAACGUCCACUGGAGGCACAAACCCUAUUAUAGCUCAUUUAAAGUGUCCGUUUUUAAAUAUGGUUACAGUAAAGUUAAAAAACAGUUCGAUCACACCAAGACUAAGACUUUAACAUGAUAGGGGGCGUGGCUAAUUGUGCGAUAGUGAGUUAUCAGUGUUUCAGUUACAAAGUCGUAAAAGAAAAAAGUAGCCAACAGCCAAAAACGGAAGUGGAAACAAGAUGGCUACAUCUACAAAAGUUAUUCUCACGAUUGUCUUGUUGAAUAUCACCUAUAGAGGAUCGGGUUUCCUAUCAGCACAAGCCGUCACCAACACUCGGUUAACAGAUGACCGUUAAGACUUGUUAACUAAUUACUGUUUAAACCGUCGGUUAAAAAAAACAUUCAGAAAACUAACAAUUUGCGCAUCCAUAAACCAGAGGUCGUUCACGACAUUGUAGAUUACUAUUUAUAACUCUUCUCUGCAUAAACAGGUCUCUGAAAAAACAUAAAUAAAUUAAAUACAAGGCUAAGGUUAGCUGCCGUUAGCAUGGCCUGCUUUUAAGUUUGUAUAUACUCAUCAAAAAUGUAAAUUACACUAUGACAGUAUUUCCAUACAUCUAACAAUACUAUCGUAUACGGCUGACUUAUCAGAGUUAUUACAGGAGCUUCUACUUCCUGUUUACAACCGGCGCCACCAUCUUUAAAUGUCAACUCAGGGGUUUUGUGGAACGUCCAACUUUCCGAGUUGGAAAUUCUGACUUUCCGAGAGUCGUUCCAGUUGAAAGUUUCGACUCAGAGCUCGGAAACCCCGACUUCCGAUUAAAGCUGGAAUGCACCGUAGUUUCCAUGACAGCUGAUCGUGCUGCAGCUGUUUGUUGUUGUUGUUGAUAAUUUGUGUGUGUGUGUGUGUGUGUGUGUGUGUGUAUCAUUGAUUCAGAUGAAUGACCUCUACUGCAGCGUCUGUGUACCAACAUGUCAUCGAUAAUUGAAUCAGCUGGAGGCGACUCUCCGUGAAAACAACAUGUGUCAUUAUUUCAGGGUGUUUUAUUCCUCGAACCGUCUCCUUCACUCAGAUCACAUCAGGGUUUAAUAACGGCGUUUAUCAGAGCGAGUCUGCGGCGCCGUGUUAGCCGAGUGAUCAGGCCUCAUGUGUCACUAAGAGGUUUUUCUGUCAGUAAAGCCGCUGAGGGACAGGUGACUCAUGGAGCAGGUAGAUCACGGCUCAUUACUGAUUAUCCUGAGGUCACAGGGCUGAGAAUGAAGACGCUCUCUGAGGGUCAGUGUUUCUCUGAUAAGAGCUCGAACGAGAAGAUGUUUGGACCGAGCUCUCUCUGGGUCUCAUCUUCUUUUUAUUUACAACUGUUUGUGGUGUUUACAAGAUUAAAGUGUCUUUUCUACGAUGGAGUAUGAGGGCCACAUAAAAAAAGAAAAAUAUUAAGACUUGGAGAUUAAAGUCUUUACUAAUAGGAAUAAAGUCGGAGUAAAGUCAUUACUUACAAGAAUAAAGUUGCAAUGAGGUCAUUAUUUACGAGAGAAAAGCCGUAAUAAAAACGUUGCAAAAAUAAAGUUGUAAUAAAAUCCUUAUUUAUAAAGAUAAAGUUAUAAUAAAAUCAUUAUUUACAAGAAUAAAGCCAUAAAAAAAUCAUUAUUUAAGAGAUUAAAGUCAUAAUAAAGUAAUUACUUACAAGAAUAAAGUCGUAAAGUGAAUUUCAUCUUAAAUCUGCUUUAGUUUGAGGAGGAAAUGUCUGAACUGGUCACCUUCAGAGUUAUCUGUGGGUGCAUCAGCGGGUCAUUCAGAGAGAUUUUUUGGUUUCUCAAGAAAUAAUCCAACUGAUGAUCAAAAUUUGAGAUUCAGAGAAAGUCGAGCUCUGACGAGAACCACGUCUGUCCCUGAUGACGGCACAACACCGACAGAAACCUCCACCUGCAGAGACACCGACACCUUAUUAUGGUGUAUAGAUUCAUAUGAUAAACUAAAGACAUAUAAACUAAAGUUAUAAUCGGCUGCAUUGACGGAUUGAACCUCUGCACAGACAUUUACUGACAUUUCCCCCUCCUUAAAAACAGCGAUUUCCUACAAGUCCGCCUGGUUCUUUUGCGGAAAAGAUGAAUUUCUUCAUAUGUCCUGAUACUUCUGACAAUGUGAUGCUGAAACGCCAAAAGAUUUAGUUUCUCCUUGUUUGUGAAACCAAACUACUUAAGUUUCAUCUAAAUGCUCCACAGCGUUUAUUUAAACAACUAACAACAGGUCAGAAUAUUAGCUACGACUUUAUUAACGUAAUUAUUUUAUUACGACUUUAUUCUUGUCAGUAAUCACGAACUCUUACUUUUUUUUUUCUUAAUGUGGCCCUAACACUCUGUCGUACUUUUCAUACUCCAAUAAUCACAUUAAUCUUCUGUAUAUAUGUGUGUGUUUGUGUGUGUGUGUGUGUGUGUGUGUUUGUGUUUGUGUGUGUGUGUUUGUGUUUGUUCAGGCUGAGUAAGGAGCUUCAGCAGAAGGACAAAAUAAUCGAGUCUCUUCGCUCCAAACUGAACCAGCAUCACAACCACCAUCAUCGCUCUGACACGCCCUGCAGCAGCCACGCCCUCUCCGACACCACCGACCAAUCGGACCGCAUCUCCUACGUGUCUGACGAGCACGGCUCGACCAAUGAGGACCUGGAGCUCUGCUCUGAUGUGGACGCUGCCAGUGAGCUCGGUCAGAAGGAAACGCAGGCAUCCGCCAAACUGAGCGCGGGUGAGAGAGACACACACACACACACACACACACACACACACACACACACACACACACACACACACACACACACACACACACACACACACACACACACACACUCCGUCACCUCCUCCUGUUAAACCUCCUCUGUUUGUUUCUAGACUCCCUCUCCCACAGCGGCUCCUUGUCCCGUCUCCCAUCAGCCCCUCCAUCCGUCACCUCCUCCCACAGAGCCCACUCCUGCCAUAGCUGUCCCAGCAUGCAUUGCCCCAACUCACCGUUCAGACCUGCAGACCUGCAGAGCCACACAGGUAGGACCGGGCGUCGCAGUGUGUCGCAGUCACGAGGCGCUCCUGCUCCUCCUGCGUACCUCCUCAUUCCUCCUCCUCUGCAGUCCUGCUCCUUUCUCUCUCCUCCCUGACUCUCUCUCUCCUUCUUUGGGUUUCCAGCUUCAGUCUCCACCUUUCAGCCUCCUCCCCCCUCCUCCUCCUCCUUCACUCAGAGGGUCCCUCUCUCCCUCCAUCCUCACCCUCCACCCCUGAGAACCCGUUACCAGCCCAGCGGGGGGGCGGGUUUCUCCCUGGCUGAGGUCCAUCAGGAGCUGCAGAUGCUGCAGAGGCAGCUGGGAGACUCUGAGCGUGCGUCAGACCGAGUGUCUCUGCAUGAGUGUGUGUGUGACUUUAACAAACUGAAUCUGAUUGGCUGCACAGAGAUUUAACUGCACAGAGUUCAGAGCGAGAGAGCGGGAAGUUUUACAUGCAGAAAUUUAACAUCUUAAAUCAGCUCGUUUAGAUUUGAACGUGGUUUUAUUUGUAGAUUAAUCACAUUUAUGGUCGGUCAGUUUCAGGGAUGGGAAUUGAGUACUAGUUCCAAAGGUCUACGCAAACGGGAACUGUCUCUGUUCCUGUUUGCGUAACAAAGAAAGGCAUUGAUAAAGGAAUCAUUAAAGAAUCGAAUCGUUAAGCAGAAUCGAUAGUGGCAUCAAUAUCGAUUAGUCUCAUCAAUUCCCGUCCCUGAUCAGUUUAAGAUUUCAGUUUUUCUUUUUCUUUACUUUAAAACACUUCCACACUUCACUCCUGAUCAAGACGCUACAAACCCUGCCUCUAAUCUGUUCCUCUCUCGGGUCGGUUUGGUUCUUAAUUUACACAAAAAAGAAGUCAUCUUCACAGUCAGCUCUGUGCAGAAUCGCCCUCUGCUGGUCAUUAGGAGAACUGCAGGCUAAAUUCACGUCUGCAUGAGUGUGAGGAUCGUUGAUUUUUUUGUCUCCUCUUCUGCUCCUGUCUUUCUCGUCUCCUUCAUUCUGAACUCUUCGUCUCUCGUUGAAUCUCUGCUCUGAGUCUGAACCCUGAACCCUGAACCCUGAACCCUGAACCCCGAGCCUUGAACCCUGAACCCUGAACCCUGAGCCCUGAACCCUGAACCCUGAGCCCUGAGCCCCGGCUUGAGGGGGAUUUGCAGUGAUCAUUUAACACUCAUGAAGGAUGAAGCUUUGACAGAUUUGGUUUGCCUGAUGAAGUCUCUCCGUCUUUCUCUAAUCGGUCUCUAACACUCUCUAAUUUUGACAGAAGUCCGUCUGAGCCUCUCUAAACUCUCUUCCUCCUUUAAUCUUCAUGUUUUUUUCUCCUCCUCCUCCUCCUCUUCAGGGUUCUCCACCCCUCAGUCCAAACCUCUGCAGGGUUUCCCCUUCACCCACCAGCAGCCCGACUCCUCCUCCUUCCUCCCUCUCUCCUUCCACGGGUACCAGCCGUCUCCUUUCAGCAGCGCCGCCAGCAGCGGUCUGGACGCCAGCUCAGCCUUGAAAGCUGGAGCCAGCCUGCUGGAGAGCAGUGCAUUGUGGGAUAUGACCUACGGACCCAGACCUGUCAGACUGGGAGCCGACCUGUCCUCGGGAUCGUCUGGUUAUCAGUCCGGCACGAGUAACACAGGUAACCAUGACGAUUGGACGAAUCGUGAAGGUCACAGUCGGUUAAAAACAGAGCAGCAUCUAUAAUCUGGAUCAUGUCUUUGUUUUAGGUUCAGACCUGAUGAAGGAACACCUGAGGGAGAUCAGGAGUCUCAGACAAAGACUGGAGGACUCCAUCCAGACCAACGACCGCCUCCGACAGCAGCUGGAGGAGAAACUGGCUCGCACCGCCACAGAGAAAGGUGACGCAGACUUCUGGAAUCAAAAACACUCGUGAAGAUCUCAGCUGUGAUCCAAGAUUGUCCAGUUCUGGGUGUGUCCAUUACUCAAAAAUCACAGACUUUUAUGUGUCCCCUCUUUCAGGAGCUCCUACCAACAUCUACAUCCAGGGUCUGGACUCUGUGAGCCAGCUGUCCACUGAGAUCCGCCUCCUGAAGGAGGAGAACGUCAGUCUGCAGAACCAGCUGAAACAGACCAGCAGAGGUACGGACCAACUCCUGAAACACCUCAGGGGAUCUGAUCAGGGUUACAUGUGUCUCUAAUACCUGUACUGACAUGUGUCCGCCUGCAGAGGGCAGCAAAGAGGUGGAGCAGCUGAGGGAGGCGGCCCUCCUGGACCGGGCCAGGCUGAAGGAGGCGGAGCUAGAGGCAGUGAGGUGGACGGAGCAAAUUAGAAAGCAGCAAAGUGAAGCGGAAACCAGAAGUCAAGAGAUUUCACAGCUGAAGGUGGACAGACAGAAGAACCAGGAGGCCGUCAACAGGUGAGAGACACGGGGACGGAUUUGGAGAGUGGGGACAUUUUAGGAAGAAUGAGGACACUUUUGUAGAUUGAGGACAUUUUAUCAGGUCUUCUUUUUAAGGAUCAUUUUCAGAAUGUGGAUCAGGGUUAGACCUGUUGACCUCUCUGAAAAUCUGAUCGUCUCACAGUUAAACACAGAACUCCUCAUGGUUUGGACUUCUGUCACAUUCAGACUCUUUUGUUGUUCGAUAAAAAAAACCCUAAAAUAAAAACAAACACGUAUUUAUCGUCUCUCUGUCCUCAGACUCCAGCAUGAAGUGAGCGUCCUCCAGCAGCAGCUGUCCGAGAGCCGCAGUUUGGUCCACUCUCUCCAGUGUGAGCUGCAGGUGUACCACCGAGUGUGUGGAGUCCCUCCGAACACACACACAGGUACGAGGCUUUAAUACUACAGUAUAACAUCAUAUAAUAAUGGAAACGCUGCCCAAACUGGACCUACAUAUGUGUGUGUGUCUGUGUGUGUGUGUGUCCGAGCAGGUAAGGCUGGGGAAAGCGCACAUCUUGGACACAGCAGCGUGACCUUUGACCCCAGAGAGCUGCACAUUCAGCUGGAGCAGCAGCUGAGCGGACGGGCCGACACGCAGCCCCGAACCAGGAGGAAACUCUUCAACGGUCAGUCUGAGAUUAAAAAAAACAUCCUGAAUGAAUAUUUGUAUUUUUGUAUUUUUGUGUCUGACAGAAAAACGUUCCUCCUCCUCCUCCUCCUCCUCAGAUAACGUCCCCUCGCCUCCUGUGAGAGACACCGGGCUCAUCAGUCCCUCCUCUCCUCUGCAUCCUGCAAAGAAACAUGGAGGAGAACCAGGAGGAGAACCAGGAGGAGACAGUCAGGGUGAGAAAACGUUCAUUUAUCGCAUUUUCAUGAACCCUCACUGUUAGACUGAUAACUCAUCCUGCCUCUGUUCGUGUCGCUCGCUCUCUUUCCCAGCAGCCUCGUCUCUGCAGGGUCAGGCCCCGGACGGCUCAUUCACCAACCCUCAUGGCCGCCAUGCGGUCGGCCAUAUUGACGACUUUAAAGCUCUGCAGCAGCAGAUCCUGGAGGGCGGCGCUCUCCUCAGAAAGAUGGAGGUCACCCUGAGCUCCCUGAACACGCCGCAGGAGUUAAACUUCCAUCAGGUGAGACUUCCAUAAAAACGGAGACUAAUGAACGUGUGAGUAUGGAUAACCAGCAGGUUCAUUGACGCUCUCGUGUCGCUCUCAGCUCUCAGACUCGGGUCAUGUGAGGAAGCUGCAGUCCGACACGAAAACCCUGAGACAGAUCCUGGAGGAGUCGGACUCUCUGCUGCGAAUGUUCUGGAGAGCAGCUCUGCCCGACAAGACGGAAACCGAACAGGUCGGGAAAGUGACGCUGAGACACCUCGAGAAUCCUCCGAUGAUUCGACUCUAAAAUAUCUGAUUUCUAAAGUCUGACGCCUGUCUGUGUUUGUAGGAUCAGUGUCUGAUGGAGGAGGUCGUUUCUCUCCGUCUGAGGCUCUCGGAAAAAGAGGAGGCUCUAAAGGACGCCAUGGAGAGAGUGAAGAGCUCCAACCGCACCAAAGAUAGCAUGGAGCACUUUAUAGUCAGCCAACGUGAGUCAGAAACGCUCCGACGGUUUCCUCUCCACAUCACAAAAACCAAAGAGAAGCAGAUUCAUGAGGGUGCUGCACAUUUAACACCACAGAGCUGUGCCUCGAAUCUUUAUUAUUUUAAAAUCCCUGCAGAGUUUAUUUUAUUAUUUUAUCAGAUCCAGAGCACCUACUUCCCCUGCAGAUCAUGCAUGCAAACAUGACACAAAAAUCCAUGAAAUGAUCCUCCUAAAACCCGAGGCAGGAGCGUAAAAAUAGCAGCUCUGCUCCGAGGAGUUCUGAGGAUUAUAAAUAAUCAUGAGAUGGGUUAUCGUUUUAUCAUGUCUGCCUGAAGCAUCAAUCCCAGAGUCACCUCCCAGCUCUUGUUUUUCACAGCCCACGUCUUUUUUUCAUCCGUUUAAUUUUCUUAAUCCUGUAAAAAAAACAUGAAAUCUGUGAAACUGCAGCCAAGAGAAAUCAGCUCUGUGUCUCGGUGGUUUUAUGACCUUCAUUAUUUGUUCGAACACAGUCUUGCUGACCUUGAAGCUUCGUUUCUUCUGAUGAAACGAUGACUUAAAGACUCUCUCUCUGUGUUUGUUGACAGUGUCGAGGACCCGGGACGUGUUGAAGAAAGCAAAGACGAACCUGCAGGUGAGUUUUUUUACCUGUUCGAUCAGUGAAGGUCUUUGGUUGAAGCAGGUGGAGCUGACUCUGAGCCCUCAUUAAAGUCACCUCACUCCUGCUGUCUCUCUCUCUCUCCUCCUCCUCCGGCUCCUGCUGAGUCUCCUCAGGAGAACCAGCUCAGGAUUUCCUCCCUGCAGCCGGCCUCUUUCUCCACUCCCCCUACCUCUCCUUCCUCUUCCUUCUUCUCCUCCCCCUCCUCCUCUCCCUCCUCUUCCUCACACCCUCGGUUCAGCAAAGGUACGACCCCUGAGCUUUGCUGUGCGCCGUCCUGAUAACCUCGUAAAGCUGCUUGCUCUGGGUUUGAAGUUAUUUGUGUGUGUGUCGGUAACUAAGGACAACCGAACGUCUUCUUUAGCCGCUUGUCUUGUUAACAAACUAAAACGCCCUGGAGGAGACGGGUGGUAAAACGUAAAACCUGCGAUGGAUUCAGGUUUGAAAGCUCAGGGACGUGAUGGUGGCUGUGUCUUCUGCCUGUCAAAGUGUGAAGUUUGUGGUUUUGGUCGUUUUUUUAAAGUUCUCGUCUCUCUGAAACCGUCUCCUCGUCUCCUCGUCUGUUUCAGGUCAAAACGCCGGAGGCUUCUGUGAACUCGCCUUCUCUCCUGAUUGGGGUGUCCUGAGGUCUCGGACUUCCUCCUCUGCUGUCAAGGGAGUGUCUCACCACCACAACCUUCACCACCACCAGCAGCAGCAGCAGCAGCGCCCCCUGCAGUCAGCCUUCCUGUAG